ACUCACUGACAUCAAUUUGAUCCAACUGCUCCUCAGCUUACCCAGCUUUAAUAUGCUGGCUAAAGCUCGUUGCUCGUGAGGAUUUUAUACCCUUUGCGUCACUUUUACCUAUCAUAACCCGAUAAAACCAAUAAUAUUUUUCUGGCUAACCCGUCCCGGUAGUAUCCGGUUAGCUUCCGUUCCUCUCCGCCGUUCAAUCACCCGACUUUUAAAGGACGUCCGAUCUCAAACUUUUUUUUCCCAUCUGGACUCUGAGCUGAGGGCGAUUCGAAGCAACCUUAGCUACUAACUCAUAUCUCCAAACACGAUACACACACGGUACUCGGAUCACGGAUCACGGAUCACCUAAUACAUAACCAUCUCUACAAAAACAUUCAAUUCUUUCCUAUGAACUUGCAAUUUUACAAUUACCGUUUAAUAUCAAAUUGCCCUAGCAAUUAUAGUCGGGUUCGUGCCGAUAUCGACCUUCACACAACCAUACUCAACUACGCUAAACCCGACUCUUUCCUACAAUGACUAUCUUUCUAGCUUCCUUGUUUCUACCCAAAACUGUCUACUUCAAGCUGCCGGAUGCGCCUCCAGCUAGUGAGCGCCAAAGCCAUCGGCAGAAUAAUAAGAAAGCGUCGAAACGACCCCCUCUCGAGCUUCGCACUAGCCUCUUUCCCCACCCCGCUAUCACCCCUCCCAGAACACCCGAAGAGCAAGAUAGCUACCUCGACGAUGGACUGUUUCUAAACGAAGACGGCUUGCGUGUGCUAAACGUAUCGGACGACGAGGAAUUUAGGGCCCCCGCCGAUAAAGAGUCGCCAAAAUGGGGUGGUCGGGCGAACCAGCCGAAAUCCCGAGCAAAUUCACCCCCUCCAGCCUCUCUCCUGGAGCAUGCUAGGACUUUGGAAAAGGCUAGGGAGCUUGGCCGACAAGGAGUCCUCCAACCUCGAGCGAGCCGAAGCGACAGUCACGACAGAGUUUUUGCACAUGCCAAUUGGCGUAUAGUGAAUGCCGACCAAGGCAAUGGUGGCCUUCGUAAUGCGGCCGACGCAGCUGCUCGCGAUGGUCAUGGCGAAGAGUACUCUUGGGUGGGCACUCUGGGCAUGCCCACGGACGCGCUUAAAGGAACCCAGCAGAAGGAAGACAUUAAUGAUCGAUUCGUGACCGAAUUCAAUAUGUAUCCCGUAUUCUGCUCGGAUAAGGAUUUCGACGGACACUAUCUACACUUCUGCAAGCAAAUUCUCUGGCCUGUCUUCCACUACCAAAUCCCGGAUAACCCGAAGAGCAAGGCAUACGAAGACCAUUCUUGGCAGUUCUACGUUAAUCUCAACCAAGCAUUUGCAGACAAGAUCGUGAAGAAUUGGAAAAGAGGUGAUACGAUAUGGGUUCACGACUAUCACCUACUAUUGGUACCCGGAAUGAUCCGCAAGAAGCUUCCAGAUGCGAAAAUAGGCCUAUUCCUUCAUGUGGCCUUCCCCUCGUCGGAGGUCUUCCGAUGCCUUGCCGUCCGGAAGCAGCUACUUGAAGGUAUGCUUGGCGCGAACCUCAUCGGUUUUCAGAUCCACGAAUAUACGCGUCACUUCCUUCAGACGUGCAGUCGCCUCCUUUCAGUAGAAGCAACACCAGAGGGUGUCCAAUUGGAGGAUCGGUUCGUGAAUGUCAUGAAUCAUGCUAUUGGUAUUGAUCCCGUCAAUCUUAACGCCCAUCGCCAGGAUGAGGAGGUGAUGAGGUGGAUUGAGAUCAUGCGAGACCGAUACAAGGAUAAGAAGAUUAUUGUCGCUCGUGACAAGCUUGACCAUGUUCGUGGAGUCCGGCAGAAGCUUCUUUCCUAUGAGCUGUUUCUUAACAAGAAUCCUCAAUGGAGAGAUAAGGUCGUUCUGAUCCAGGUUGCAUUAUCUACUGGCGAGAAAACGGAUCUUGAUGCUGCUGUGGGUGACAUUGUCACCAGGGUGAAUUCAAACUGGGCCAACCUCGCUUAUCUGCCUCUUGUCUAUCUGAAGCAAGAUAUCCCAUACCCUCAAUAUCUUGCCCUGUUGACUAUUGCAGAUGCGCUUAUGAUCACUAGCCAACGCGAGGGUAUGAAUCUCACAUCCCACGAAUUCAUCGUUUGUCAGGACGGCAAAUACUCAGAGAAAAGGCAUGGAUCUCUCAUUCUAUCGGAGUUCACUGGGACCUCGUCACUAUUUGGCAACAAGGAAUUGACCGUCAAUCCGUGGAGCUAUCGGCAAUGUUCCGACGCUAUCAAACAGGCUCUUGAAAUGUCAACCGAGGAGAAAACUGAACGGUGGAACGCGCUUCGUGAAAUUGUGAGCCACCAUACUGGAAGCCAUUGGUUUUCUAAAUUUCUGUCUACUCUCAACCAAGUCUACGAGGAGCAACACCGUCAUGAUCAAACAUCUGUCCCUCGACUGAAUCUAAACACCUUGGGCCAACGAUAUUCUCAAAGCCAACACCGACUCUUCUUCCUCGACCUAGAAGGCACCCUAAUCCCCUACGGCCCGAUGAAUGAAAUCAUCCCCAUGAAUCCACAGCGUACCUUAGAUAUUUUGAAUGACCUGGUUGAGGAUACUCGAAAUACUGUAUAUGUCAUGUCUGGACGCCGGCCAGAAGAGCUCGAUCGCCUCUUCCGGUUAGUUCCUAAUCUGGGUCUCAUAGCUGAAAACGGUUGCUUCAUCAAGACUUGCGGCAAGAGUACUUGGACAGAGAUAGCGGAUCACAACAGAGUCACCGCAUGGAAAGAAUCGGUGAGGGGAAUACUUCAGUACUACCUUGAGCGCACUCCCGGAUCGGACAUCGAGGAUCGCAACUGCUCACUGAUUUUCCAUUACAAGCAUGCCGACGACUACGCCAAUGCUGAACGCCAAGCAAGUGAUUGGACUGGACACAUAAAUGAAUCUUGUGAAGAGCAGCGAGUUCAUGCAACACAGUUGGAUAACUGUGUCGUGGUCGAAUCAAUCGACUGGACGAAGGAGACUGCCGCCGUCCAAGUCUACGACGACAUGAUCAAGCACGCCCAGGAAUCUGAAGAGAACCCUGUAGACUUCCUCAUGGUUAUUGGCGACGGCCGUGAGGAUGAGAAAGUCUUCAAGUGGGCUAAUAACAUUAGGGGGGAUGGCGGGGUAAAGGAAGUUGUCACUGUGAGCUUAGGUAGCCGAAAUACCGAGGCUACCUCUACACUGACUCAGGGAGUUAGCGGUGUUCUUGUCACACUACAAAAGCUAGCUGGACUUCCAUAGAAGGGGAGGCGGUUUAUUGCGGCUUCUACACUAGAGCAGAUAUGCUCGGCAUUGUGGUAGCUGGUCGGUAUUAUGGGGUGCGUAUGAUUUUAAACGGACAUGGCGUUAUAUGCGACUUAGUACCUCAAGUGUAUUGAGCAAGGAGGGUAAUUCGUAUAUCUCUUUCAUAACCCAAACAGAGAUUUCUCCCUUAGGGUCCUGUACCAAAACUAGGGAGUUUCGCAUCAAAAAGAUGUCGGUUAGUUGGAAGGCUCUAAAUUUUCUACUUUCUAGCCGAGCCCGCUUUAGAUCUGUACUAUAACCCGUCGACAAGCAAAGGGAUAUUUUUCUUUUCAUUAGGAGGGGGCGGGAUAGAAAUGGUUCGGAUUACAAAAUUGGUUUAGGCGCCGGUUGCUACGAUGGGAUGACGCUUGGAUAGGUUAAUGAACAUUGAUUUUGGUUGAAGAUACCGGAGGUUUAGAUUGUCAUGUACAUAGAGAGGGCAAUCCCAACGUUCAUUCGUGCGGGC